CGGAAUAGCAGAUGCGCUUUCAUGCUACUUCUUACUUGAUUACAACACAACACUUUUACUAUGUUCACCCAGCACCACAACAAAAACAGUUUCUUUGAGUUUUUCAUUUCUGUAUUGGUCUAUUUGUAUUUUCCUUCAGUAUCAGUCUUGCUUCUGUGUUACAAAGCAGGUAUCGAUCUGUUCAACCUUGUCGCUUUCUUCGUCUGACAAACUACCUUCUACCCAGGAAAGCCAACUCGGACAGGAUGUGUCUUCAAAUGCGAAUCUUCGUGCGAAUGUUUAAACUUCUACUCGCUACGUGGUUCGCGACAUUGCACUCACCGACGAGUUUCGCUCUCGCAGGACGGCGGAGCUUUCGUGGCCGACGGGACCAAUCUAUUCCGGAGCACGAGAAACAUCCAGAUUCUCUUGGUGACAAAAAUCACGAAGAGGCCGCGACGCACGGUGCGGUGGAAAUCAGCGCCACGACCGGGGUGACUUCUAAUCGGGAGCGACACGAAAAUCACGCUGGCCAAGACGCUCAUUCCGGCUGGGGCCGGCAUGGAAAUGGUGCUGCUGCUGAGAAUUUUCCUGCCAGUGACAUGAAGCCAAAUGGAAAUCCGAGCACCAGCGCAUCGUCUGACGCGACUAGUACUAGUUUCUCUUCUCAAUUUUUGGAACUCCACCAGGGUGGCACCCAGAUUAUCCGUGAAGAAGGUGGUGCGUCGACUGCUGCUGGAGGCACUGGAUCAGGAGGAAGAAAUGUGCAAGAGUACAACAAGGGUAGAGGCCGAGGUACAACAACGCCUUCUGUUCUUGACGCUGGCGAAGCCGAAGCCGCGGUGCGAAACGAAAGUGACAGAGCAGCACCUGGUGCAGGUGAAACAAGAACACAAGAGCAUCAAGCGACACCUCCGGCUGGGGUUUUGGGCAAAGUUGGCGGAGCAAUGAAGACGAGUUUUGAGGAUUAUUUUUUGAAGCCCGUGCAGACGUUCGAAAAAAUCGCGGUCGGACACAACAACAACUACCCUUUUAUCCUGAGUAAAAACGUCCCCACCCCAUAGUUGUCAUGCAGAUUUGCAGCCACAGGAAGAUUUGUAAAGCGCAUCCCAAUGAGAGGCGUUGGUUUCCAAUCGCGUUUUGGACUUUGUGAUGCUGUAAACAGGAUGAGUAGAUGGAUUUGUGUUGCGGCUGUAAUUGCUAAACUGCACUACAAUACAGAGACGAAAUUGUCAUGCUUGGCUCCCAAAACUUCUCGACUUGUGUUGCGAGAUCCUCAUCUUGACUCUGGGGUGGGGAUGUUUUUGCUCACGAUACCUUUCUACUUUGCGUCAGAGGCGCCCCUGACUAAUCUGACGGGCAUCUUCUCGUCGAACGCCCCAGUGUGUCUCCUGUUGCAGACUAGCGAAGGGACCAGCUAGUAUAAAACAAAAACGCACGACGUUCUUGUUAUUGUUUUCGUUCUCCUUGUUUUGAGAAGUGAAAGUGAUCAUAUUUCAUGAUGAACAUAAAGGCAUAAGUAUUUGAAAUCACAGUCACUGUGUCUUCUACAGAGUGGGGGACGAGGAAGUUGUGGUGCUGCUUCAUGAUUAUUUCUACAACGCACGAGCAAUAUCUCUAUCUGCAAACCAUGCAUAGUUGAUCUAAUAAACUUAAACGACGCUGUUGUCGUCUUUCCUCUUCCUCCUCCAGCCCAAGCUCAAGCAUAGAAUGAAAAUUUCGAUCGCAAAAUUAAACAGCUACUCGCACAGCUUCCGGACUGGCCCGGUCGACCCGAAGACCGGCGCCGAGGACAAAGAGCAGCGCAGCUGCUACAAGUCCGCGGUCUACAAGGUUUGGGAGCCCAUCAACACCUUGAAGAAUGGGACCGCGAUCAUGAAAGAGUUGCACAAGCUGUACCCGCCCUCGCAGCCCAUGCAGGGUCUUCUCCACGAGUGGUUGUUCCUGUUCCUUGGGUGCGUCGCGAUUUUGGUCACCUGCUGCGUGCUCUUCUUCUACACGUGUCACACCUGUCUCUACCCCGAGCAGGACAUCGCGAACGUGUUCAAAAAGGAACUCCACAUGUCCGCCGACAGCGAGUUUUAUUACGGUGGGGAGGAGGAAGGCGAUGUUCUCGAGGAGGACCUCCAGGUGGCAACGGUUGACGACGACGAGGCCCUAGCGCAACCGCUGACGGUGAAAAUUGUAGAAGCUGGCAGGGGUGGUGCAAAUAACCAGAGGAACAGAAACAGUUCGAGGCAGGAUGUUGUUGAAUAUCCAGUCACGUACACGAGUACAACCAGGGAUCAUGAAGCGGACCCGCAGCUGCAAUUAAAAGUGUCCACCCCAACUGCAGUUGCGUCCACAACAAAAGCGUCCGCAGCGCCGCAAAAAAAGGCAGCGAGCGUGGUUCUUGAGGAGUCCACAUCGUCCGUAAGGCAAUUGACUCCGAUAUCGGAAGAACGAUCCGGCUCUUUCUCGCCUUUGUCCGUGAGAAAUGAGUCUGCAGUUGCGGACGAGAUGUCGUCAAGUAACUUCGGGCAGCGGGCACAAGACCCAGCUGACGCCGCUUCCCCCAGUCCUGAGGCUGGUACUAGUUCUGCUCUGCCCGCUGAAGAAACGAACACAAACCCGAUACCCUUCACGGCGUGGAAAGCAGCACUACUUAGCCCCCGGCAAGCAAAGAGCGGAAACGCGACACCUCCAAACGCAGAGCGGCAAGAAGGUACUGCUCUUGAUGGAGCUCCUGCCGGAAGAGGUCGUGCCAACGCAGAAAGUGACAACGCAACCAACUGAUGAGCUCUGCUUCUAGUUGUAGUUUCAAUUUGUACGAUCCAAAAAGUCGUGAUUCGCUCUUGGAAUGUGGCACGUGUACCUCCACCUUGUAAAAAGACCUCUCGCCAAGCGUUACAUCAUGUAGAAUGUAGAAGAAUGUUGAGGACGGUAUAGAUAUUGAACAAAAUGGAACUACAAAGCGACAAACUCCUCGUCAUCACCACCAGGGAUGGAGUCACCACUGUGAUCACGUUUUUGACACCGAU